AUGUUCCGUUCGUCGUCAAAGUUUCAAGGGCGCGCUAAGAGCAAAGUGCGAAAAAGGUGGCGAAUUUUUCACGCCACCGAUUUCGAAUCCCUAAUGAAACCCAGUUUUACGUUUUGCUUCAUGCUCGGGUUCUUCCCCUACAAGAUUCACGCUUCUACUUUCGAAUUCUCGAGAUCGCGCUACAUCGUGUCGAGCAUCUUCAUCUGCAUCUUUUGCGUUUACGCACUGGUGAUGUUCUACGAGUUAGACAUCGCCGGCAACAUCAAAUUCGGCAGUAUGCCCGAUACUCUUCAGAGUAACUGCUACUACUUGCUGGGCUUUUUUAUCACUAUCGUUACGUACAUCCUGACUCGUCCGCGGAUGCGUUUACUGCAAACGAUAUCAGACAUUUCCUCGAGAUUGCCACCGGAUACAUUUCAGAAGCUCUCUCGUCUUAUCCAUGCCAAAGACAUCAUUGGUUUCUUCUUUCUGCUCGGAAUGUUGCCGAAGUGUUACUCGGCGCACUUUCUCGAUAUCAUGAUCAAGAUAAUCACGUUGUACGUGACGCUGCUGGUGUUCCAAAUGGACAUGCUGUACAUGAAUUGUGUGUGCGUGAUAAAGGCCUGCUUUCAGAGAAUCAACGACAAUCUGACAAACCUGCGUGAACUCUUAAAGAACGACGAGCCGCAUCUUCUCCGUCGAAUCUAUCACGAGCAAAAGAAUCCGUUUCUGUUGAUGGAACUCAAGGCGUUGAAAAAGCAACAUCUAAUGGUCAGCGACACUCUGCAGCUGCUGAACACGAUUUUCAGCUUGCAGCUCCUCGCUACUAUAGUCCUGACCUUCGCCGAGAUCACCUUCAGUCUGUAUUUCUACAUAAUUCAAUGGAGGGGCAAUGGUGUGUCUAUUAUAAACCUUGAAAAACAGAUCUGGUAUCAGUACUUCAUUACGUCUAUAGCAUACUAUUCGACGAAAAUAACAUUAAUAGUGUGGGCCUGCGAAACCGGCAAAGAUCAAGCCUUGGAGAUCGGUACUACCGUUCAUGACGUGCUUAUCAGCACGAGCGAUAAGCAAAUUAAAGAUGAGUUGCAGCUGUUUUCUUUGCAAAUAUUACAUCGCGACAACAUAUUCUCUGCGAAGGGUCUUACAGUGGACGCGACACUUCUCACCGCAAUAGUGGGUAGCAUUACCACGUAUCUGUUGAUUUUAAUACAAUUCAUGGUAUCGGGGGAUGAUUGCAAUGGGAAGCAAGCCUCAAAUAACACUUUGAAGAACUAA